AUGAACGUUGUUGUAGCGGGGCAAAACAGCGUCGUGACUUUCAGGGAAGACUCGUCGGAACUUGCAGCGGAAGAGAAUGCCUCGGCUGUAGCAGAUGAUAUUUCCACGGCUGUAACAGAGGGUGUGGAUGUAGGUCUCGACGUGGAGGAACGCGACAAUGUGGCUGUAGCGGGGCAAAAUACGGUUGUGAUUUUUGCGAAAGAAGUAAUCGCGGAAGAGAAGGUGGAAGAGAAGGCGGACGAGGCACCAGAGGGGGCGGCAAACGAGGCGUCGGAGGAUAAGGCGGAGGAUAAGGAGGAGGAGAAGGCGGAGGAUAAGGCGUCGGAGGCGUCGGAGGAAAGCGCGGAAGGGCAGGACAUCGCGGCGGAGGAAGCCGCCGCCGCUGCUGCUGAGGCGGCAGCAGCUGUAGCCGCGGCCGCGGACGCUGACACCGAGACGGCUGUAGCAGCGGACGCGGAGUCUGCAGCGGAAGGCGACGCGUCCACGGGGGCAGCAGAUACGGAGGCGGAGCAAAGUGCAGAUUCGAGUUCCGGCGCUGAAGACUCCGAAUCUGGGAGUGUAGCUAACGAGAGCAACCCUACCAGCGAGAACGAGGGAGAAAAUGAGGGUGCUGCUGAUGCUGACGGUGCCACCACGAGGGCUCUGGAAGAUGGGCCCACGGCGGAAGAGAUUUUGCAGGAAGGGUCUGAUGGAUUGGAAGAGGGGGCUGCAUCAGUCGCCGUCCAAUAG